GCUCAAGUCCACCCCUCGCCCCAAGUUCUCGGUGUGCGUCCUGGGGGACCAGCAGCACUGCGACGAAGCCAAGGCCGUAGACAUCCCCCACAUGGACAUCGAGGCGCUGAAGAAGCUCAACAAGAACAAGAAGCUGGUCAAGAAGCUGGCCAAGAAAUAUGAUGCCUUUUUGGCCUCCGAGUCCCUGAUCAAGCAGAUCCCACGUAUCCUGGGCCCAGGCCUAAACAAGGCAGGCAAGUUCCCUUCCCUGCUGACACACAAUGAAAACAUGGUGGCCAAAGUUGAUGAGGUGAAGUCUACUAUCAAGUUCCAGAUGAAGAAGGUGCUGUGUCUGGCUGUGGCUGUUGGCCACGUGAAGAUGACGGAUGACGAGCUGGUCUACAACAUCCACCUGGCAGUCAAUUUCUUGGUGUCCUUGCUCAAGAAGAACUGGCAGAAUGUCCGGGCUUUGUACAUCAAGAGUACCAUGGGCAAGCCCCAGCGUCUGUACUAGGGCACCCAAUAAACCUGCUACCAUCCUUUCGAAACUCAA